AUGUCGCGAGUAGGAAUUUUGGUUCUGGGACCCGCCGGAGUGGGCAAAUCGACCUUCUGCAACGCACUCAUCACCCACAUCCAAUCCAUUGGAAGACGGGCUCACAUUGUCAAUCUCGAUCCUGCUGCCGAGCCGAACGAAUACGAAUUCACGGUCGACAUUCGAGACCUGAUCUCGCUGAACGACGUCAUGGAGGAGAUGGAACUGGGCCCUAACGGAGGACUCAUGUACUGCUUUGAAUUCUUGCUGCAGAACAUGGACUGGCUGGAAGAGGAGCUGGGCGAGUUUGAAGACGAGUAUUUGAUCUUUGACUGUCCCGGUCAGAUUGAACUGUACACCCACGUGCCUGUUCUUCCUACCAUCGUUAAACAUCUGCAGAGACACAUGGGCUUCAGCUUAUGUGCAUGUUACAUCCUGGAGGCCCCUUUUGUACUGGAUCGUCCAAAGUUUUUUUCCGGCGUGCUGUCGGCCAUGAGUGCCAUGAUUCUGCUCGAAACCCCACACAUCAACAUUCUGUCGAAAAUGGACCUCAUCAAGGACGAGGUGCCGAAACGCGAGCUCAAGCGGUUCCUCAACCCAGAUCCUCUUCUCAUGGUGGAUGAGGCUAACUCGCAAACCAACCCCAAGUUCCACCAGCUCAACUUGGCCAUCACCAACAUGAUUGAGGAUUUUGGAAUGGUCCAGUUUCUGCCACUGGAGGCCAAGAACCCAGACUCAGUCGCUGCUAUCUUGAGUUAUCUCGAUGAUGUUACCCAAUGGGCUGAUAACCAGGAGCCCAAGGAGCCCAAGGUGGAGGAGGUUGAGGAGGAAGAGUAA